AGAUGCUGCGCUCGCGCGCUGAAGUUCCUUUGCUGGCUGCGCGCGCGCGAGCGGAAUAACUGACGCCCAACGGUUUUCUGAGGUGUUUUUAUUAUUAUUAUUAUUUAUUUAUUUAUUUUUGAGAGAGAAAAGUCGACGAGAAAACUUUUUUGGUUGUUAUUUUCUCGACGUGUUUAAAAAAACAAACAAACUAAUAGUGAAAAACAACUCCUCGCCGGUCAUGGAUGCUUUAAGAUUUGUGAUGUUUGUUUCAAGUCUGAGCUUCUUUCUCUCUACCAGCAGUGCAGUCCAGAUGUGUGACAUGGUAAAUGAAAUCGAGUUGGAGAGGGAGCGAUGUGAAAACAGAACUGCUGGGAAUAUAACAUCAGGCUGCAAAGGAAUGUGGGACAUCAUCAUCUGCUGGCCGUCAGCCAAAGUCGGAGAGCUGGUGGUAAUUCCAUGUCCGAAAUACUUCAGGUACCUCAACGAGCACUACAGUGGAGGUAAUCUCUCCAAGACUUGCACAGCAGAUGGCUGGACUAAAGUGCUCCCCAUAACGAUUGCUGUGAAUUGUGGAUAUAAUCCCAAUGGCACUGUCGAUGAGAUCUCUUUUAAGGAUAAUUUCUACCGGUCGGUUAAGAUUGGCUACACCAUCGGACACAGCGUUUCUCUCAUCUCUCUGACUACAGCUAUAAUCGUACUGUGCAUCUUCAGGAAACUACAUUGCACAAGGAAUUACAUUCACAUGCACUUGUUCGUGGCUUUCAUCUUGAAAGCCAUUGCAGUGUUCAUUAAAGACGUCGUCCUCUACGAUGUCAUUCAGGAGUCAGACAACUGCUCCCCUGUCUCUGUUGGCUGCAAAGCUGCCAUCGUCUUCUUUCAAUAUUGCAUUAUGGCGAGUUUCUUCUGGCUCCUGGUCGAGGGCCUGUACCUUCACACCCUAUUGGCUGUCUCUUUCUUCUCAGAGAGGAAAUACUUCUGGUGGUACAUCCUGAUUGGCUGGGGAGGGCCGAUGAUUUUCAUCACAGCCUGGAGCUUUGCCAAAGCCUACUUCGAUGACGUUGGGUGCUGGGAUAUUAUCGAGAACUCAGACCCGUUCUGGUGGAUCAUCAAAACGCCUAUAUUAGCUUCUAUACUGAUGAACUUCAUCCUGUUCAUUUGUAUCAUACGCAUACUGCGGCAGAAGAUCAACUGCCCCGACAUCGGGAGAAAUGAAUCAAAUCAAUAUUCGAGGCUGGCUAAAUCGAUGCUGUUGCUGAUUCCACUCUUUGGAAUAAACUUCAUCAUAUUUGCAUUCAUCCCAGAACACAUCAGAACAGAGCUGAGGCUGGUGUUCGACCUCAUCCUGGGUUCCUUCCAGGGCUUUGUGGUGGCUGUCCUCUACUGCUUCUUGAAUGGAGAGGUUCAGGCUGAGAUCAAGAGGAAGUGGAGAAGGUGGCAUCUAGAGAGGUUCCUGGGCUCCGGCACUAAGUACCAGCACCCGUCUAUGGGCAGCAACGGCAACAACUUUGCCACUCAGAUCUCCAUGCUGACGCGGUGCAGCCCUAAAACUCAGCGAGCCUCCACCUGCCACGACGACUCCUCCACCACCAUAUAGCUCAGCAGAGUCACCUGACACAGGACAGUAAUCGUCUGUAGAUCCACUCAUACUGUGUGUCGUACGCAUCAGGAUAUGGGUGCAGGAUUCUGUGAAGUUCCUCUCAAUUCAGAUGGCAUGAGGGUACCACAAGCACUCCGCAUCACAUUCUCUUGAGAUAUGAGCUACGUAUGGCUCAGAGGUGAAUUUUGAAAAGUUAUUUCCAUAUAACAACAUAAAGUUCGUUUUAACUGUUGCGUCAGUGACGUGUGGUUGCAGUGACGUGCUGUAACCAGUGUUAGAAAUGUCAUAUCAGCCAAACAAUGGGCCUCAUUCAUCAAUCUUUUAGUAAAAUUGUGUGUAAAUGUUGCGUAAGCCAAUCCGAACUAAAAUUUACUGCCAGAUUUACAAAAGUUUUGGAAAGGCUGAUUUUCUUCUUACCCGCCUGCGUAUGUUGAUCAAACAAAACACGUUCCCGACACAGCUCAUUUGCAUGUAGUGAUACCCACAAAACUCCAUAAAGGUAAAGUGCACAGACAGCUGGGAGCCAAAAAUGAACGAUCAGGGUAAAGGCUGAAAAACAGAAGUGAAAAUUAUUUAGAUUCAUUUCUAUGCCAAUAAAAAUAAUUAAUAAUAUAAUACUAUAAUAAUAGUGCUAAAUCUUCCGUCUGCUGAGGCAUUUGUUCAUGGCUUAUGGCUAUGCACAGACAGACCGGCCCUCCGUUUAUACAGCGGCAUUUCUUGUGUCAUAAUUGAAUAAUUUGUCUUAUUUGUCUUAAUUCAUGGCUUAUUUGUCAUAAUUCCCACAGAGUACAUACAGAAUAAACUGAUAACUGCAAAAAAAUCAGAUGGCAAUAAUACAGUCAGUGCACUAAAUGCAUGUAAUAUGUUGCAAGUAAGCUGUACAUGUGCUGAUUUUUUGAUAGGCCCAAACUUCUGAUGGCUUUAUCAGAUUUCUUGAAAUCCAGUAAUUUCAAAAACAUUGAAUCAAUCAGAUCAUAAUCGGAUUAUGAGUGGGCAUGUAAACACACUUAUUAUGCAGCUUAUGGUUUUAUUACAGUAUAUUAUAAUCAGUUCUGGCAUUGCUUUACUACAUACAACCGCUGUAACUCAGGUUGUUCAGCAGCCAGACACACAACAAAAGCUACAAACGUAGCUAAAAUAAAAUAUAAUCUUUUAUGCUGCACAAAGAUGCUGAAUGAUUUGGUUGUGGAUGGUAGAAAUAUUCUUCGCAAUAGUAUUGCUACGCAAUAAUUCAGUUCAAACUGGUAAAAACAACAAGAAACAGCAUGAGUAUUGGCCCCAUGUUAAUGGAUACAGGCUCAAAAGCUUACAUGGUACUAACAGUAAAAGUGGACUACCUAAGUUGUAUAAAUAGAAAAAAAAUAAUUUGUUAAAGAUUACCAAAGUCAGGCAUUUGUACAAAUAUUUUAACAGAACAUUUGUUUACUCCAAACUUAUGUAGAAUGCAAGAGCAGUUAUUUAAUUACAAAAGUUAAUGUUUAUGUAAAUCAUGUAUUUUUGCAGGCCAUGUUCAUGAAAUCUUUAGUUACAGGUGUGUGUAAAUCUGCAUAAUUAAUCCUUUAAGGGAUGGAACUGCUUUUUCAGAGAGGAAAAUAUGCAGGUUUUGUGGAUAUGCCGUGCGGGUAGAAAGCACAAAACCUUUGGGAAAGUGUUAUAUUUUACUGCAUUGCUCCAGUGUUGGAGUGUUAAAUAAAACUUUGUGUUAUGUAGUUGUGUAUUUAAACAUUUUUUGAUGGAAUUCUGCAGCUGCCCUUUAUUAUAAGUGAGAUUAAUCUGGAUUAAACAUACUUUCUGUUCAUUUCUCAUUACAGAGACAUGUUGAAAUUAUUGUUCGUAGUAAUACACUAUAGUAUACAAUACUGAAAAAAAAAAACAUAAAAUAGAGUUUUGGUUUUUUUUUAACUUUGUGCAUUACAAUUGACAAAUUUUAUAUUCCCACAUUUUAUCCUGCUUUUGCACAUUAUAAAUCAGUAUAUUAAGAUGAACUCUCCAUUAUGUCAGGACUCAUAACAUCACUGCUGCUUCAUUUCGUCAGUCUUGCUCUUAAUUCGGAAUAUGUUGUAACAUGUUUUGAAGAAGGUACACAGCGUCAUAACUUAAGUAUGUGGAGUUACUUCUCUACUUCACGGUUGUGUAACCGAAUGUGAAUGUGUUGUGCUUGCGGGACCCACUAUGCUGUACAGCAGUGUUUCCGAUAUCUGCUCCAUCAACUUCCCGAAUCUGCACAUUUUAGUGUGUUUCCUGCUGGAACACAUCACAGAAUUAGCUAGCUAAAUGUUACAGACAGAGUAGAUGUUACUGACAGAAUUUACUCUUCAUUUAUUUACAGAAGAUUUUUACUACCACAUUUGCAAACAUUUCCUGCCCUGAAAUGGCACCCAACUCCCUAUUCUCAACAUUAACAAAGUGCAUUAUGGGUAUCAUGUACCCUAGCUUACACAGUUUGGGAUUGUGGGAUUUUACAAUUGCUAACUAAUAUGCUCCACUAUGUGUUUGGGCAUUUCACAAAAUAACACAUCUACAUAACAAAGCAUACUAUAUUAGGUCAUUUCAGAUAAAGUCUCAGUGGUAAAACUGACUCAUCUGGUGCAUUAUGAGAAUCUGAGACUAUAUAAGGUUAGAAAGUAAUCACUAUGGUCCAUUCUGAAGUUAUGAUGCCUAUGCAGGGAUCAUUUCAGGGGAAACAACUGAUGGACAACUUUUUCCUAAGACUCUUUUUUUUUCAUGAUGAAUGAAUAUAUGGCCAUGGCAACAGGCCAGCUUAAAUGUUGGUGAAGUUCAAUUAAGAGACAUUAUAUUUAAGCAUAUUAAAUUGUAAGAUAAAAUAAAUAAAACAGCUGGAAGUGGUGUUACUGCAAAUACGCUCUUCAGAACAGGUUUCGUGUUUUUAUUGCUACCUCAGGUUAAAAAAAAAAAACCUCAGCUCAUACAUUUGUAUUUGUUUGCUUCUCAUUAGUCUAAGUGUACAGCAGCUCCUAAAUUAAACUGGUGUCUACAUCAGGACGUUGUUGUCGCUUUUGUCGUUUGUUGUUUUAGUCCAUUUGUUCAUUAUUAAAUUGAGGUACUUGUUUGUGUGUACAUAAGCGUCUAUGACUGUGCGACAAUAAAACACCAGCUUUUGAAAAAUGACAUUUAAGUGUAAUCGUCUUCAGAGAGAGUAAGGCCAUAGUUUUGAUUCUUUAAGAUUGGACUGCAGUCAGUGUCUCCUACGAAUGAAUAGACACUAGGCUUGAUUUCUAGUAUAUGGGACAUAACCAUUACCUCACUGAGGGCAUGGGGUGUGUCAAAGAAGGAAACACACUAAAAUGUGCAGUACAGUGAGACAACAGUAGCAGGACAAGAAAACACUGUUGUAUAAACAGGAUUUGGAUUAAACAUGACUAAUUUAUACUCAUCAGAGGAAACAGCACUGAAUGUCUAGAUCAUGGAGAUUGCAGAAGGCUUUUAUUUCUGUGCUGGGACUCGUCCUUUUUUUCUUAUGUGAACAAAUAACACAAAUAACAACCAAAAGUGGAUUGCUGACUAUCCAAAAUCUAAAUGGAGAUACACUGUAGAGAGAAAAUGAGACAUUUCUCCCAGACACCUUGCAUAUUUUGUGGAUGAUUUUCCAAACUACACAGUGUGUGUAUAUGGUCUGUGUGUGUGUGUGUGUGUGUGUGUGAGAGAGAGAGAGAGACAGAGAGAGAGAGAGAAAUGAUGUAUCUGUAAGCUGAAUGCCCUUCUCUGCACUAUCAUUAUCAUUCCCAUAAGGCAUCAUUCCUUGUCAUACAAUCAGAGUCUGUGUAUGUUGCGAUUGUGUUAGUGUUGGUUUAUCACUUAUAGCUGUAGCGUGAUGGGACAUUUUUACAGCUCAAUGUCGGAUCCCAUUAAGCGAUAAACGGUGACCGCAAGCUGGAAGUUUACAUCCAAGAAUCCGAGUAAAACUGGAUCUGUCAAAAAUGGAUCCAAAUUUGAAUGUUGUUUUAUUUUUAGUGUAGAUUAAAAUCUAUGAUUAGAAUAAUUGUGUAUUUAUGUUACAAUAAAGAGAGAUGACAUUGCUGUAUUUUUAUGAUGAUGCUUAUGUCACAGCCUAGCCUGUCUGUUCUCAUCUGUUUCUAUCAAACAGAACACCAAGUCCAAACCACAUGCUGUACAUAAAGCACACACUAAAGAACAUUGGGUAACUUCAAAUGUAUUUGAAGGCUAACUAAAUGCAUUAACACUGAAUAACAUCAUUAUAGAAUAAUGCAUGAGUACAUAUGUAAGGCUUGGAUCAGCAGUCAAGUUAUUUAAUUGCCACUUAAGUUUGGGGACAUAAAUAAUUUAUUGAACUGGCUUAUGUGGAUCCUAGAACUUAUUUGCUAUGCACAUCUAAUGCAACUAUGCAUGUCUAAUGUCUAAUGUAUGCGUUUUAAAGUAAUUUUCUGAAGUAAUCACUUAUCUUGCAUUACUUUAAACAAAUAACGGGUUGCUGAUACACUGUCAAGUAUCUGACGUAAUCCUGAUAUAAUCUGCUAAAUGCAUGAUCCAGUGCUUAUUAAUGUGUUAUUUUCUUCAUAUCCCUUUUCUUUUGCUCAAUACUGACACAAGCCUUUUAUACAUAUCUAUGUAUUGUUAAAUGUCAUUCAGUGCUUACUUAUUAAUAGCCUUCAAAUAAAGAGUUUAAAGUAUGUAUAAGGUUUGAUUAUCACUCUUAAAGAACUCUGAGCUCAUCCCAAACACAAUAAUGAAGUUAUUAUAUACUGUGGUAUUUUCUUUCUGCUUUGUUUGUGGCUUGUGGAUACUUCGUGGAAAGUUUUUGACAUAAAGUGAAAGUAUUUGAGUUAAGGAAAUGAUGAGUAUUUUAGCAGCUAGUUCAGUUCACAGAAACCAGCUUAGUUACAAUAAUUGUUGAGAGUCACUUAAGUAUAAAAAUCAUUUUUUUAGCUUGUGUUAUAAAGCCAUUGUGUGCAGGUACAGUGUAAAAUAACUUGAACUUACAGUUUCAUUUUUUGUACGGUACAUUAGAAUGAUAUUUCAUUUCACAACUAUUUAAUGAUAUCACUAUCCUAAUGUGUUUGUCAAUAUUUAAACAACACAAAUGACCUCUCAUUCAUUGCCAAGAAGAAUGUAUGCCCUCACAUAGUAUAAUGUGGAUUUUGUCUGUGCUCAAGUUUUAGUUUGAUUUAGUUCAGAUAUACUUCGUGUACUUGGCCGUGUAAAUUUCGUCACAAAAAGACAAGUUGCCAAAAGUUUCCAUCUGUGGUGCUGUACAGGUUUUCAUCAAAAUUAGUAAAAAAUGUAUUAACUGGGCUUUUUAACAAUGUACCAUUUACACACAUGAACCGCUGAAGAACUGGAUGCUGUGUAAAUUAAUCUGUGUUUGUGUAUUGUCGAAGUGAAGCAAACAGUUCCGUGCAUUAUGCAUGUGGCACAUGCAAUAUCCAGUACACAGCACAUCACAGCCACUAUACAUGACUAGUGCAAAUUUAUCCAAACAUAUGUGAAUAGUCUGAUUAUUUUUGUACUCAAGCUGAAAUGUGCUCACUUGUAUUGUCGCUUUAUGCUAUUUUUGUAAGAUUAAAAACAAAAUAUUCCUAUUCUGUUUUACAGUGUUUACCACUAUACCAUUGCCAAUAAACUACUUGAAUUACUGUACUCUGUACUGUUACUCAAUGUGCAAUGUGUGUUUUAAUUGUAACUAAAAUUGCAGUGACAGUCCUUGAAAUGUACAGGAGUAAUUGUUUUUUUUUUUUGUAUUUUAACACCU